AUGCGUCCACAGAGUAUUCACAACGCCACCGAAGCCGCUGCGCCAAGUUCCUGCAGGAAGAGAGCUCUUCGGGUAGAGGACGAGAUGCUCGAUAAUGACGACUCCAAGAGGCGCCGGUAUGAGCACCACAACGAGCCUGUAGCUGGACCCUGCGGCAGCAGCAUGCAUUUCACAACCACUCAGCCUGCCUUGGAGGUAUCGGAUCACCGUGGAUGCCCCCAUUUUUCGGAACAGCUAGUGCGAGGUCGCACACGGUGGCGAGAAGGGAGCGAGCCGCCGAACUGGGACUGUCGGGAGUUCCACACGCGUCGUACCAUGAUGGCGAGCUAUGAUGAUAGCGUUGGAACAGAGAGGAACCCUCAUCAUAACUCUGCUGAGACGGAUGCGUCUUCAUGA